GCCAAGGGCGCUUCCUGGUCACCUGGGAGCUUCUGUCCAAUGGGGCAAACCGGAGCAGAAACGGAGAAGGUGGCUCCCGGGCCCGAACUGGAGGUCUUGGAGGCAGGAAGGAUGGCGUCGAUGAGCCCUGACACCCCUUGUUCCUGCGACUGCUUUGUCUCUGUGCCCCCGGCCUCUGCCAUCCCAGCGGUGAUCUUUGCCAAGAACUCAGACCGGCCCCGGGAGGAGGUGCAGGAGGUGGUGUUCUUGCCCGCAGGCACGCACGCCCCGGGGAGCCGGCUGCAGUGCACCUACAUCGAGGUGGACCAGGUGCCCAAGACCCAUGCUGUGGUUCUGAGCCGCCCUUCUUGGCUGUGGGGGGCUGAGAUGGGCGCCAACGAGCACGGGGUCUGCAUUGGCAAUGAGGCCGUGUGGACCAGGGAGCCGGUCCAGGGCGGCGAGGCCCUGCUGGGCAUGGACCUGCUCAGGCUGGCAUUAGAGCGGGGCAGCACUGCCCAGGAGGCCAUGCUGGUGAUCACAGGCCUGCUGGAGCGCUAUGGGCAGGGGGGCAGCUGCCGGGAGGACCCAGAGCCUUUCUGCUACCACAACACCUUCCUGCUGGCGGACCGGACGGAGGCGUGGGUGCUGGAGACGGCGGGGAGGCUGUGGGCAGCUCAGAGGAUCCCGGCGGGGGCCCGGAACCUCUCCAACCAGCUGAGCAUCGGCGCCGACAUCUCCGCGGAGCACCCGGAGCUUCGGAGCCAGGCCCGGGCCCAGGGCUGGUGGGGCGGACAGGGCUCCUUUGACUUCGCCCAGGUCUUCUCGCUGUCCCAGCAGCCGGUGCGCAUGGAGGCGGCCAAGGCGCGCUUCCAGGCAGGGCGCGAGCUGCUGCAGGAACGCCAAGGGGCCAUCACGGCAGAGGCGAUGAUGGACAUUCUCAGGGACAAGGGCAGUGGCAUCUGCAUGGACUCUGGGGGCUUCCGCACCACGGCCAGCAUGGUGUCCGUCCUGCCCCAGGAUCCUGCGCAGCCCUGUGUCCACUUCCUUACUGCCACCCCAGACCCGUCCAGGUCGGUGUUCAAACCUUUCAUCUUCGGCGUGGGGGCGGCCCAGGCCCCCCAGGUGCUGUCCCCCACUUUUGGAGCCCAGGACCCUGUUCGGACCCUGCCCCGAUUCCAGACUCAGGUGGACCGCAGACACGCGCUCUAUCGUGGACACCAGGCGGCCCUGGGGCGGAUGGAGACCGAGCAGCAGGCAUGGGGAGAGCAGCUCUGGCAGAAGCAGCGAGACCUGGAGCGGGAGGGCCUGAAAGUCCUGCAGGGGCUGCUGGCCGCUGGUGAGGGGAGCCCCCCGCCGCAGCAGCUGGGCAGCCUCUUCCAGGCCUUCGUGGAGAGAGAGAGCCAGGCCUAUGCCGAGAGCACAGCACCCAGCUUGGGGCGCACACAGUAACCUGCACCAGCUCCUGAACCACCGCGGGGAGGGCAGAGCAAUCCCUGCAGCCUUUGCCUCAAUAAAUGUGUUUUGUUUUCUGGUCCAGUGAA